AUGUUGAUCGCACUCAUCGGGCCGCCAGGCGCAGGCAAAGCUUCCGUUGCCCAGUUCUUGGCCCAGGAACAUGGCUUCAGGCUGAUCACGCUGGGUUCGAGCGAUGGUCAAGGUUCGAUUGCCGGCUCAUCACACGCCCCGCUAGCAGACUCCAAAUCGACCUCGAAGGAUCCAAGCGAUAUCGGCAGCUCACAUGCCACGCCGAAGGACUCUCUUCACGCGUUUGUCGGCUCGCAGGGCGCAAGUUUGGCGGAGUCCACCAUCCAGCUGCCCAACAGCAAGACGAUGCUCGACUACGUCACGGAUCGCUGGAACGACCGCUUCGUAACUCUGGACCUGACCACCUUUUCAGAUCUGGACGCCUUCAUCAAACGUCCCUUCUUCCUGUGCGUCGAAGUUGCAGGGCCUCUGCUGAUGCGGUGGGAGCGCUACUCAUCCAAACAUGGCCCCAUCGGCCUGGAAGACUUUGUGCGAUUGGACGAUUCGGUGCUCUACGGCUCUGGCUCGUCUCCCGACGGCCUCACAUCUCGACCCAUGCUAUCCUCCAAAUCCUCCAGUUCGAUCGUCGGUGGCAACGGUAUCGUCGACAACAUUGCCUCGAUCUCACUCUCCCCCUUCCCCUCCAACCCCGUCUCCGGCCUCACGGCCUUGCGGCGGUACACUCACCUCAGCAUCAACAACACGCAUCCCAACCUGGACCUCCUCUACGAAGGACUUCGAACGCUCGAUCUCCCCUCCAACGAACGUCUCCGUCCGGGUUGGGACACCUAUUUCCUCAAGCUCUGCAACCUGGCCUCGCUCCGGAGCAACUGCAUGAAGCGACGGGUCGGCGCCGUUCUCGUUGCUACCAACCGAAUCCUCGCCACGGGCUACAACGGUACCCCCUCCGGCCUUCGCAAUUGCAACCAGGGCGGCUGUGCCCGUUGCAACAACACUUUAGCUUCCACCUCACAGGGGAAUGGAUGCGGUCAGAACCUCGAAGAGUGCCUCUGCCUCCACGCCGAGGAAAACGCCCUCCUCGAAGCGGGAAGGGGGAAGAUUGCAAGCGAAGGUGCGACGAUGUAUUGCAAUACCUGCCCGUGUUUGCGGUGCGCAGUCAAGAUUGUUCAAAUGGGGAUCAGGAGGGUCGUGUACCAGUUGGAGUAUGGGAUGGACCAAAGAACUAAAGGGAUCUUCAAGGAGGCCGGGGUGGAGAUUUUGCAGUUUCAUUUGGAUGCCUAG